CUUUUUCCGCUGCUGCUUCGUGUCCAUCACCCGGCCUGUUCUGCGCCCGAGCACGGCGGGCCUUCCCCCCAAAUUCAGCCCUUCUCCAUCCCCUAUCGCGUCACCCCAGCCGGCCACGUUCGCAAGCCGCCAGCUUCUUGCGCCCGGCUGAUGCUCCCUCCCCCCUAAAGGGCCCCAACGUACCCUCUACUGCUGAUGUCCUCGACGCCGCUGCAGCCCUCUACCUCCCUACCAUCCGCCCUCCAUCUCCCCUCCAGCCUGCGCUCUGGCCGACCCUCCUCGGCGGCCUUGCACUACUGUUCCCUGGACCUGCAGCCUCUGGACCCCAGGCCAAAAAGGGCUCCUUGACCCCAAACCAAGGGCGCACAAUACCGCCCCCUGUAUCGGGCACUAGACCGCGCUACCAAGACCGCCUGCGCCCGCCGUCAUCAUCACCAUCGCCCUCGAACAACUACCGCGCCUACUACUACUAUCACUUACCUCCACCGUCACCGGCACCACCAUCGUCUUCCCCGCCCUCCGCUGCUCUUUCCCCCCUGUUCCGUCUGUCUUGAUCCAGGUCUCCAGACGCAUCAACACAACGCUCUGAAAAGAAAGAGGUGAGUAAGCCGGAGAGCUUGAGCUCUGCCUUCGUCGCGACUGUCUUGAUCCCGUUAACCGCCUGUACCCCCGUUGCGCCGCCCGUUGCACACUUGGCAUGGCUCUUCCUCGCUGUUGUCUGCUCGAGAUCCGAGAAAGCCGUUCGGUUGACGUGCAGCGAGUCGUCAUCUCAAGCAUCACCGCUUGCCUUCCCCUAUCCUGUCGUCCUUGUUGCUUCGUACAUCUUCUCUGCUGCUCAAAUACCUCGACGCGCGAAACUUGUCGAGAUGCGAGCAAGGGCCGGGGAUCCCCAAAAAGUUUCACAAACCAAUCCUACUCUGCACCAUUGAAAACCUUACCAUUCCUCUGCUUCAUCUUCCCUGGCCCAUCCUUUCAUGCUUUCGUUCUUGAUGAACUAGUUCUGGUGCUGCUGCUGUACUUGCUGUUGCUGCCCCGCCCCCUGACUGUGUUCACGUUACCUCGCUUGUGCUGCUUGUGUUGGCCAUCCUCACCCGCGUCAGCUUCUUCGUCACCUGGCACUCACGUCGAACACUGGACUGACCAUUUCGAUCUCAGCUUGCAGCGGACUGUCCUCUCUUUCCUCGCCGAUCCCCCCUCGCUCUCCAACGUCACUUUGCGACGCCUCACCGACAUAUUCAGCCGAAGGCCUAUCCGAGACGACACACGAACGAGUGCGUGACCAGGGGGCUACGCCCUCGACAAUUUCGCGCAACGAACCGACCGUGCGCGGUAUACACCAUUUGAGGGCUGGAGCUGAGCCAGCAAAAAGAGUCGGGACUCGAACAAGGCCAACGGCUGGUACUCUUCGUACUGCACGUGUGACUUGGUGCACACGGUGCAACAUCAGCUGGUCACCCGCUCACGCCCAACCCUUCCAUAGCCCGACGGCCGAUCGACAUACAUCAUGUCGAGUGCAGCACCGACUGCUCCGGUAGCGCGAAGCAAUUCGCAGCGUGUUCCUCAGCCCUCGGACACAGUUCAUCGUCCACAUCGGUCGCAGUCAACCCGUGUCCCCGGCUCGACCUCGCCCCGCGCUCAUCAUACGCAGCGGCCAAGUGGAUCGGCAGCUCCUCAAGCUGCCGAUAACGUGGCACAACGAGACUACGAGUCGUCACAGACGCAGCCGCCCUCGUCGUCGGGCAGAGGCAGCUCUCGCGACCAUGAUCGAUCCCAAUACCCCACAAGAACCGAUUCAAUGCGAAAUAGCGUCAACAAUAACAACAACAACCAAGCGCAGCAGCCGCCACGCACCUCGUCUUCACGGGGUGCAGGCGGCAACCAGGAUCGCUACGCAUCCAUGGACGCCGCGGCGCGAAGUCAGCCUCCCACGAAUGGUAUGGUGAACGACGGUUCAAUGAGGCAUGCGCCGACAGCAGGCAGGCGACGGACCACUCUCGAUACACAGACGGGUAGGUGGGGCCUAGGAAAGACAAUCGGAGCUGGCAGCAUGGGCAAGGUGAAGCUGGCACGCAAUCUCGAGACAGGGGAGCAAGUCGCAAUCAAGAUCGUGCCGCGCCAGUCGACAGACGAGCACCGCAGCCAGGCUGACCGGGAGCGCGCAGAGCACUCCAAGGAGAUACGCACCGCACGCGAGGCCGCCAUCGUCAGCCUCGUCAACCAUCCGUACAUUUGUGGGAUGCGCGACGUCGUGCGAACGUCGCACCACUGGUACAUGUUGUUCGAAUAUGUCAACGGCGGCCAGAUGCUUGACUACAUCAUCUCACACGGCCGGCUAAAAGAGAAGCAGGCGCGAAAGUUUGCGCGCCAAAUCUGCUCCGCACUCGACUACUGCCACCGCAACUCGAUCGUCCACCGUGACCUCAAGAUCGAGAACAUACUCAUCUCCAAGACGGGCGAUAUCAAAAUCAUAGACUUUGGGCUCAGCAACCUCUUCUCGCCCCACAGCACUUUGAAGACGUUUUGUGGGAGUCUAUAUUUUGCCGCACCGGAGCUGCUGCAGGCUAAGCAAUACACGGGGCCCGAAGUCGACGUCUGGAGCUUUGGUAUCGUGCUAUACGUGCUUGUAUGUGGGAAAGUUCCGUUUGAUGACCAGAGCAUGCCGCAGCUGCAUGCAAAGAUAAAGAAGGGUUACGUCGAGUAUCCCCCGUGGCUUUCAGCCGAAUGCAAGAACCUCAUCUCCCGGAUGCUCGUCACAGACCCGAAAUCCCGCGCCAGUCUCGGCGAGAUAGCAAACCAUCCAUGGAUGACCAAGGGUUUCAGCGGCCCUCCAGAGAACUUUCUGCCCCACCGCGAACCAAUACAGCUUCCUCUCGAUCAAGAUGUCAUCAAGAGGAUGACAGGAUUUGACUUUGGCUCACCCGAGUACAUUAACAUGCAACUGACAAAGAUCAUCAACUCGGAGGAUUACCAGCGUGCGGUCCGCAACGCGAAUCGCAAGCAGCAAAAUCCAGGUAGCGCUCCCGAUCCGGAGCGCAAACGAGGAGUCUUCGACUUUUAUAAGCGGCGUAACUCGGCGAGUCGUGACACGCUGACAAAUUUGUCAAACGAGGCCGUGCAAUAUGGUGACGACCCCGUCAAUGCAUAUGCGCCCAUGCUGUCCAUAUACUACCUUGUCCGCGAGAAGAUGGAGCGUGAGCGCCGCGAGAUGAAUCCCGGGGCGCUGGAGACUCCCUCGGACAAGCCGCUAAAGUUACCGGAUCUGCCAGCGCCACCAGAGUCUGCAUACACCAACUACAACGCAUAUGAGAGUCCGGGAGAGGCUCCCACUGGCGGCAGGACAAGACCGCGAGCUCGUACGCACGGCGAGGAUGAGGUUGCAGAGCAGAUGGAGAAGUUAAAGUUGCAGCAGGCCGAUGCGCCACCCGCCAUUGUUGCGCCGGCAGAGACGCCGGCUCGCAAAGAGAGCACUGCAGCGGGUCUUUUCAGGCGCUUCAGCACACGCAAGAGACAACCGCAAGGCCAGACGAACGAACAUGCCAAUUCUGCACACGCUGGGCCCACGCUAAACGUUUCGAGUCCGACGGACACGCUACAAGGCACGCCGCGGAAGAGUUUCAGCGUCAGGAGACCUCGACCUGGCGAGACGAAGGAGAACACGCCGUCGUCUGCGUCCCUGCACGUCACAGGCAGUCAGAGGCACCAGCCUGAGUUGCUGACACCACCAUCUGGCGGCGACGGUAUCAAGCGCUUCAUGAGCCUGCGGAGAUCUACAAGCGUGGACCGUAGACGGCUGGGCAAGAGAAACGCCUCAGAGGUUGGAAAUAAUGCAACGGAGCCGCCUCCCACAAGCGGAUCCGAUAACUCGAGCUACGGGGGCAAGAAGCCUGCUGCCGUCAGCGGUGCUGGUGAUGCGGCAGGAAUGGGAGAAGACGCUCAGGCACCUGCAUCUGUGACUGUCUCAAGAUCAGCAGGCACGUCGCGAGCGAAGUCGCUAGGCCAUGCGCGUAGGGAGAGCAUCCAGGCGCGGCGUAUGAAGCGUGCGCAACAGAAUCAAGAGAACCAGCUCAAUGUGCCGGAGGAGACGGAAGCAGAAGUCGCUCGCGCUGAAGCAUACCAAGACACCGAUCCAGAGCCGACCGUGCAGCCUGUUAUCCUGAAAGGCUUGUUCAGCGUGUCCACUACAUCAUCGAAGCCUCUCUCUUUCAUCCAAAAGGAUCUCGUGCGUGUGCUGCAGCAGCGCGGACUCGAGUACGAGGAGAUCAAAGGGGGGUUUCUUUGCACACACAACCCGAGCCUGGAUCGCGCCGCCGGUGGCACCCAGAAGCACAAUAUGCCGGAUAAUCCACUGCCUGUGCCGGAAAAGGGCCAGGAAAAUCUGAGCCCACCGCUUUCGGCGAAUCUGAGCGUGGAGACGCCGCAAAAUUCUCCUGGAGUGCCAUCGAAGGAGAGAACGCACCGCCGCAAGAUCAGCUUCAACGCAUUGAUGGGAAACUCGACGGAGAAGGACCGUGAGGAGUUUUUGCGUGCGCAGCAGGCGCAGAAGUCGCCACGCUCACCUGGUGACGUCCUUGACUCCGAAGCACCCUCGGCUGUGGAUGAUGGUACCGAUCUGUCGGACGAAGACCGUCUCAACGGCGGUCGAUAUCGUGGACCAAAAGUAUCGGCAUAUGGCCGUGCACGCAAUCCAGGCGAAACGAGCACGCACGUCAGGGACGACGUAGGCGAGAACAUGGUGCUCAAAUUCGAGAUCUUCAUCGUCAAAAUUCCCAUCAUCGGCCUGUAUGGCAUUCAAUUCAAGAAAGUGGCUGGCAACAUGAUGCACUACAAAAACAUGGCGCAGGAGAUUUUAAAGAACUUGAGGUUGUAGCGGAUGAAUUCAAGUUGCGGGCUGGGAGUGGAACAGAGGCGGCACUUUUCGUUUGAUCUUUGAAGGGAAAACGUUACACAUAUUCGCUAUUCAGCUUUCAACCCCCCUCCUCGUCACGGUUGUGUUGGGGAUUAUUGUAGCAACGGAAGGGCAAGGCGCGGCGAUAUUUACCCUCUAUCCCGACGUGGUUUUUUUUUUCUUCUUUUUCCGUAUUCACGAGCGUUGUGCGAUGUGAUACAAAUGCGAUGCGAUGCAUGAGUAUGAUGUCUAACGCCAGCAUUAUCCCUAGAAGCACAUGACGUAUUCUUCAUAUACAUAUUUUAAUCAUUGUUCUCCAGAGAGGUAGUGACAAAACCAACACGGAAUGGACAGUGGUGCACAUGAUCUGCGUCUUUACUGCUUACUUUUUGCGGCUUCAGCGAAGAGUUUGGGCGUAUCGGGAUGGUACUUGGUGGCCGUCAUGGAUAUGGAGCCAAUUUCCAGGACUAAGAUACAUUGAUACGUGUAAUGGAGACUUUGGUGCAC